GGUUUGUUGAAGAGCGCGCUUACAUUUUGUGUUGCAAUCGAAAACAACGUAAAAAACCAAAUUAUGGAACGCAAAAAACCAAGUGAUUUUUUGAAAUUUUGUGGAAAUGAUGUUGCACAAUUGCACAAAGAAACUGAUCCGAAUAAAAAACUGCACUUGAUGAGACAAAUAAAUUUCCAAAUGUACGCAGAGGCGUGCAAUCAAAAAUACGAUGACCAUACAAUUUGUAACAUACUUUCCGACGAUUUGGAUCAGUAUUUAAAAGAAUCGGCUCCAGUUCAACAAAAUAAUAUUGAUAAAAUGAUGAAGGAGAUGAAUGUUCAAAUAGCACCAGGUUCACUUCAAUCAAAUCUAGAUACAAAACAGUUUGAUGACAUUUUGAAGUCGAAGAAGUGCGAGAACACAUGUAAAAAUGAUGCGCUAUUGGAUGAUCUUGAUAAGUUUUUUAAUUUGAUGAAAAAACGGCCGACAAUAAAUUCGCAAAAGCCACCGUACGAGUCAAAAAACACCAAGGGCGAAUCAUCAAAAAUGUGUAUUAAUGACAGCGGUGACUUGGUAUUCAACAUGAACUUCAAAGGAAAGACGGCAUUUGAUCAAAACACACCGAAUCAACAGCCAUACCGACCGACACUGAAUAAUCAAUUUCACAAUCAAACAACGCAAAACCAAACAAGUCAUCAGAAUGACAUCUCCAGACCAGCUGAAACCACAAAUGCAUUUCAUCCAAUCUAUGCUACGAAGCGCAAAACCGACAAUGAUAUUUAUGAAAGUAGCAAACGACCAUCAUACUUACCGACGACACAACAAGAGAAAAUUGAACCAAAUUUAUAUGCGCCACAAAAUAGCUUCCGAACAGCCACCGAAGAGCUCAGUAUACAACAUGCUAAAAAGUACGGAAUGGGUAAUAAUCAAAAUGAAAAUAUGCAGUACAAUGUUAAACCGAGUGGUGGACUGCGAAAAUCUUUGGGCGGUCGACGAUCAGUUGGCGGACAAUUUGUGUCACCUUUACAAAAUUCAAAUACCAGUGCAAACAAUUCAAAUCAAAUGAAUGACACACCAGCGAUUGAUGGAUUCGAUAUGAAUCAUCCAAGAUUGAAAAAUGUCGAUAGCAAAAUGAUUGAAGCCAUUCAAAAUGAAAUUGUGACCAAAUGUGACGUAGUUGAUUGGGAUAGUAUUGCUGGUCUACAAUACGCCAAAAAAACUCUGCAAGAAGCCGUCGUUCUGCCAAUUCUCCGGCCAGACAUUUUCACUGGUAUACGUGCGCCACCGCGUGGUGUUUUGCUUUUCGGUCCACCGGGCACAGGCAAGACCCUAAUUGGAAAAUGUAUUGCGUCACAGUCAAACUCAACAUUCUUCAGUAUCAGUGCAUCGAGCUUAACGUCAAAAUGGAUAGGUGAAGGAGAGAAAAUGGUGCGAGCUCUAUUCGCUGUUGCAGCAGCAUCACAGCCUUCAGUGGUGUUCAUCGAUGAAGUGGAUUCACUUCUUUGUCAACGUUCCGAAAGUGAGCAUGAGAGUUCAAGACGGCUAAAGACGGAGUUCUUGGUACAACUUGAUGGCACAUCGACAGCGGAAAAAGACCGUGUUCUAAUCGUCGGCGCAACAAAUAGACCACAAGAGCUCGAUGAAGCAGCGCGUCGACGAUUCGUGAAGAGACUGUAUGUUCCAUUGCCAGAUACUUCAGCCCGAAAAGAAAUGAUAUUCAAAUUGCUAAGCAUGUCUCCGGAAUUGAAACACAGCAUAACUGAAGCGCAAAUUGAAAAUAUUGCACAAAAAACGGACGGAUUUUCAGGUUCGGACAUGACAAAUUUAUGCAAAGAGGCGUGUUCCUAUCCCGUUACAUCGAUGUCAUUUUCGGCCGUGAUUAAAAUUUCGGCCGACAGCGUUCGACCAGUGACUUACAACGAUUUUCUCGAAGCAUUAAACAAUGUACGCGCAAGUGUUUCACCCGACGAUCUCGAACAGUAUAUUCAAUGGAACGGCAAAUAUGGGUCGGGAAAUGCUCGAUAAAUAAUAACAUUCACAACUGACAUACAGAUAUCAAAAUAUACACAAGAUAUGUGAAGGUGAAUGUGAAAUAUUAAAUGUUAUUGAAUAAAACCGAAAAUGAAAUGCA